GCUUCUCGCUCCCUCCAUUGCUUGCUGCUGUUUCUUCUCAUUUGCCCUCGCCGGAGUUCCGUUGGCCGUCCGGCGAUAAGCGAUGUCUCCGGGACUGAAGGCGGAGGAUUUCCACCCUCAUCCCGUCAAGGAGCAGUUGCCUUUCGUCGACUACUGCCUCACCAGCCCCCCUCCAUGGCAAGAAGCGAUUCCUCUGGGGUUCCUGCACUUCCUCGUGAUGCUCGGCACCACCGUCCUCAUCCCCACCAUUCUGGUGCCGCUGAUGGGCGGCGGAAAUGAGGAGAAGGCCAAGGUGAUCCAGACGUUGCUGUUCGUCUCGUUCAUCAACACGCUGACGCAGGUCUACUUCGGAACUCGCUUGUCGACGGUCAUCGGCGGCUCCUACACCUAUCUCCUCCCGACCAUCUCCAUCAUCCUCAGCAAGCGCUACGCCUACUUCAUCGACCCCUACGAGAGAUUUGUGCACACAAUGAGGUCGAUUCAAGGGGCAUACAUCGCCGCAUCCUGCUUCCAGAUAAUCGUAGGCUUCUUCGGCAUCUGGAGGAUUUUUAUAAGAUUUCUAAGCCCUCUUGCUGCGAUUCCUUUUGUAACCCUAUCGGCUCUUGGCCUUUUCUACUUUGGAUUUCCCAGCGCUGCCAAUUGCAUUGAAAUUGGGCUUCCAACAAUUAUUCUCCUAGUGUUCUUUGCUCUGUAUCUACCAAAUGCAAUGAGUGGAAGGAGAGUGAUCUUGGAUAGGUUUGCGUUAGUUAUUGUGGUUGCUAUUGUUUGGUUGUAUGCAUAUAUUCUCACUGUGGCUGGUGCCUACAACAAUCGACCUCUACAAACUCAGCUUAGUUGCCGAGCAGAUCGCUCUGGUCUUAUCGAUGGUUCGCGCUGGUUUAGAGUUCCAUAUCCAUUCCAAUGGGGAAGUCCCAUCUUUCAUGCAGGCGAUUGCUUUGCUGUAAUGGCUGCUUCGUUUGCUUCACUUAUUGAGUCGACAGGCACUCUGAUUGCUGUGUCCAGACUCGCAAGUGCCACGCCCGUCCCACCUUCAGUUUUCAGCCGAGGCAUCGGUUGGCAGGGAAUAGGAAUUCUGUUAGCCGGAAUGUUUGGUACCACAACCGGCGCCGCCGCAUCGGUUGAAAAUUGCGGUCUGUUGGGUCUGACAAAAGUCGGAAGCAGAAGAGUUAUUUUGAUAUCGACUUGGUUUAUGUUCUGCUUCUCGAUUUGUGGAAAAUUUGGAGCAUUUUUUGAAUCGAUACCAUUGCCUGUGUUCGCCGGAGCGUACUGCGUUCUCUUUGCUUAUGCAGCUUCUGCAGGACUCGGAUUCCUUCAGUUCUGCAACAUCAACUCCUUCAGGACUAAAUUCAUCUUAGGCUUCUCCUUCUUCCUCGGUUUGUCGAUCCCGCAAUACUUCAGGGAGUAUUAUCUGCUCUCCGGUUUAGGACCAGUCCACACUGGUUCCAGAACAUUCAAUGACAUGUUGAACGUGAUCUUCUCUUCGCCGGCAACGGUGGCGGCGAUAAUCGCCUACUUCUUGGACUGCACUCUCCACCACAAGGAAGAGUCGACGAGGAAGGACAGAGGCUGGCAUUGGUGGGAGAAGUACAGGACGUUCAAAGGCGACGUCAGAAGCGAAGAGUUCUAUGGCCUUCCUUACAACCUCAACAAGUAUUUCCCUUCACUGUAGUCGUGUAGGAAUUAGGAUGCUGCUGGAUGAUCGUGUGGAACUUCUUCAACUCUUUUUUUUUUUUUAUAAUUUUAUUUUCAAUCAUUUUCUCAAUAAUUUUGUAUGUAGAAUGCUGUAUGACUGUGUGUAACAAAAGAAACAUAGUUUUAAAAUCUUGGCAUA